AUGGGCAAAUCACGGAGAAACAGAGCUCAUGCUCAUCGCGCAGACCCCAUAUCUGCCGCCAUAAAGCCAGUCAAGGCCCCAACCGAUCCUGAGCUUGCUGCCCUCAGAGAGAAGCGAAUUCUCCCCGUCAUAAAUGAUCUCCGCAGCGUUGACCCCAGCGCUCGAUCAGCAGCUGCUGGCGCUGUCGCCAACAUUGUCCAGGAUGCAAAGUGCCGCAAGCUCCUCCUGCGGGAGCAGAUCGUUCCCAUCGUCCUCACCGAGACCCUCACAGAUGCAAGCCUGGACAGCAGGGCUGCUGGAUGGGAGAUAUUGCGUGUGAUCGCUUCAGAGGAAGAGAGCGAUUUCUGCGUUCACCUGUUCCGUCUUGAUGUGCUGUCUGCCAUAGAGCAUGCUGGCAAGAAUGCAAUUACAGAGUCAUCUUUCGCCAAGGCACCCAAGGCUCAGCAACAGGUCGUGUGGAAUAUCACGACAGCCCUUAUUGCCUUGAUCAACGCCCUGGCUACAGCUCGGGACGAGAUUCUGGACGCCAUAGCCUCUAAUCCACAGAUCCUACCAUUCCUAUGCUUCCUUGUCACUCAUACUUCAACGCCAUAUGAGACCUCUACCGAAGCUCUCAGCUGUCUGAUGUCGCUGUCCGAGGACAACCUCAAAGUAUCGCAGCUCGUGCUCGCUGAUCCAUCGGGUUGUUUCAGGACCCUGACGAAGUUCAAAGAGGGUAUCGACAUCAAGUCAGUGUAUUCCUGCGGUGUCCUGCACAACAUCUUCUCAUCACUCGAGUGGCACGACGCAAGCCCUGGUCAGGAUGGUGCCACAGAUGCACAACUAAUACCGAGUUUGUCUCGUGUGCUGGAACGGACGAGGCAGGACCCUAAGACAAACCAAAUUGGUGGAGUCUCUCCUGAGGCUGUGUCACUUGCACUGGAAAUUCUGGCCUCUAUCGCAACGGAUCUGCAGGGGACUGUGGCUAAGGGCAACAAGGACAAGGAGGAGUGGAAUGGGAUCGAGGACGACGAGGCAAUGGAAGAGGACGACGACGACAAAGUGAAGCAAGAAGGCGAAGAUGAAAAUGGAGACGCUGCAGAUCCCAUGGAGGCUGACGGAGUCGAGGGUGGAGAAGACGACGAGAUGGAUGACGACGCGAUGGAAGCAGACCUGGACCUCGUCACGGGGGGAGACGACGAUGCCGAGGACGACAGCGGGAUCGAUGACUUACCGACGCUCAAGGAGUUUAUGACGAAAGCGGUACCACACAUCAUCCGCAUGGCCAACCUGGCACCUGCGUCCGACGAAGCCGUGGCGAUUCAGAGUGAGGCAUUCUCCGCUCUCAACAACAUAUCGUGGACAUUAUCUUGUUUCGACUAUUCGGAGACUGGCAAUGCCGGCAUUCUGAAGGCUUGGACGCCUGCAGCCAAGCGAGUCUGGUCCAACGUCAUCGCUCCCGUACUCGCGACGGACACAGCAGAUAUCUCCUUAGCUUCCCUUGUCACCAGCAUCGCAUGGGCCGUCUCCCGCACUCUACAAGGGUCGACGCCUCUCGUAGGCGACGAGCACCGGAAAUUCAUCGCUCUCUACAAAGCCUCUAAGGGCUUGCCCGCGAAAGCGGAAGACCAGGCCAGCCAAGAAGAAGCCGACCCAUUCCAAGCCCUCGGAGUCAAGUGCGUCGGCGUGCUGGGUCAGCUUGCCCAGGAUCCUGCACCCAUCAGCCUCAACCGCGAGGUGGGCAUCUUCCUGGUCACCAUCCUCAACGCGCUGCCGGACACGCCAGCCGCGGAUGCGGUGGAGGCUCUGAACCAGGUCAUGGAUGUCUACGGCAAUGAAACCCACGCGUGCGACAAGGAGGUGUUCUGGAACGACAACUUCCUGAAGCACCUCGAGGACAUCCUUCCCAAGGCCAAGGCUGUGGCAAAGACGAUUGACAAGAGGGGCGCAACAGCUGAGCUGAGAUUCCGUGCAGAUGAGGCCGUUCUAAACCUGGGCCGCUUCAUCCAGUAUAAAAAGAAAAACCCGCCGAAACCUUGA